UCCAACACGUCAUUCGCGAUCUUUCGAUUUCGAUGAUUACAUCGGGAGUGUCAACACCUCGAGAAGGAAAGCAAAGUCAUGGACCAAUACUUUGCAGCAACAUCCACUUUGUUUGUCAGAGAUAGAUAGAUACCCAUUCAAGACCAUGACAAGAUUCUCGCUACUGUCGGUAUUCGUGUGGUGGUGUACCCUCGAACUUUCGGCUGCCUUUACGGUUUCUCGUCGAGAUGCGUUUGUGUCGGCAGCGUCGACCGCGGCGGCAUUUGUACUCCCAUCACAAGCCAUGGCCGCAGCGCCGCCCACACCACAAGAACUAGCACGAAUCAAGGAAGGAUACAAAGGAAUCGUCUAUCUGCUGGAUAAUUGGGAUGCCGAAACCACCACUUGUCGUGAAAAUGGCGGAGAAUGCAAACGAGAUGCCGAACCAGUACGUCGCUAUUUGGGAUUGAGAUCCACCACAGAUCCAUUGUUCCAAAUUGAAAAGGUAUUUGCAAAAGUCAAGUACAUGGACUUGGAUCCUGACAAGCUAGACAACUUCUUCGAGGCAUCAGAAGAGUGGAACUCGGCAAUGAACAUGUCAAAUAGCAUGGCAUUCAUCUCCCAGUUUGGGGAAUACAAUCCUGGUGGCGGCAAGGACGAAGUGCUGAAAUAUCUCAAUGAGGCUAAAAUACAAGUUGUGAUUGCCAAAAAGUCACUCGAAAUUAUCAUGGAUAGUUUGGAUAUUGCCGCCUCGUAAAAGCCUAUCAAUUCACAUGACGAGGGCAGCAAAAGGAAUAGAAUGGCAUGAUAUCAAACCUGUUCAGCAAAUAACGAACACAAUCAGCACCGCAAAAAAACGUAUUUGAGGAAGACAUACAUGUAGUGUCCUUUUAAAAUAAAGAGCACACUAAGCUAGCAAUUCAAUCAGUCUGCCCUGUGGGAACCGGUAACCGUAGUUGUUCAUGCGGACAGGCACGUCGUGGUGUCUGUUGCCGUGGCCCUUCUUAAAAGGAACUUUUGUGCUGUAGGAUAAAUCUUGUUGCCGUCUACCGGUAGCCAGUGCAAACACACGGAUUUGUGCUGAAGUAGCACAGAACAAGUUGAGUCACUGGGAGACGGACCUGUGGGCUCGCUCUGUGGAAGCGGUUGCACAAGAGAAAUGGGCCGUUUGUGUCAGCAUGCUUUUGGGUAUGCGUGUUCUCCACUGCAAGGAAACAUGCCUUCUGAAGUGGGUUGGCUUGGUAGGCAGGUCAGGAAACAAAUUGGUGUGCGUAGAACCAAUUUGAGGAAGGUUCCUCCUGGCUUUCAGGCGAAGCAAAGUAAUUGUGGGGAUGAACUCUCAUAGACAGACGAGACGACAGGUAGCAGCAGGACAAUGGUGUUGAAUGCCUUGCAAAUCACUAGACCAAUCAUCUCCAUCUUCUCAUUCAACGCCUCCUCCAAAACAAGUGUUUCCCAAAGCACGAGAGAUUUUGAAAAGUUGGUUGCCACUCUCUGCAGCACAGCCAGGUUGUUUCAGUACUGGUAUGUUAAUCGCGUCUAAUGAGUUAUCUACCCAGCCAGUAGCUAGCUAGGCAUGACUAGUACAGUGCAACACAUUUGAACUUGACUCGACUCGACUGGAUUCGCUAACUCGCAUGCACAAGCAAAC